AUGACGUUUUUUACUUUUGUACUUUUUAUGGUCAUCCAAAUCUUGAAUAUCAAGAAAAUAAUUGCAGAUGACCAAUUUUAUACUGUGAACAUUACAAGAGAUUUUUUGAAACCUUACACCAAUAAUUUGAUAAAAUCAACCGACGUUUUAACGAAAGAUACAUACAUAUCUUUUAUUGAAUCAAUGGACAGCGACAACGCCUUGACAAUCCUGAAAGCUAACAUCAGUAUCAAAGACAUCCAAAUCUGGGACUCGAAAACCAAAAAUGCGAUAAAUAACCUUUGCAAUAGUUCUUAUCCAGCUGGAUCUGUUGAAGAAAACGUUUCUAAAAUUGUGUCUGCUACCGUUUUGGGUCACCUCGAAUGUCCGGUAGCGAAGGGCACGUAUCAAACUGUUUUCUAUAAAUUAGAUCAACAUACUCUUCACUUCAACAAGCCGAUUCCUUGUGGUGACUAUGUGAUGGACGUGACUCUUGACACUGCAGACUUCAAGAGGGUUUUUGACUUUACAUUCAGUUGGACGAUACCCCUUGCUAUGAAUUGUGAAAAGGACCCCUCGAUCAUUAAAUGA